CAAUUAUAGGAGGGAGACUCAGCUCUUCGAAAGCAGAAUCAAAGGUUGGUCGUCACACCAUUGUGUUCGUAGCUACAACAAACAACAGAACAAGGCCGGAACACACAGAGGGGAGGACACUGUUUCAAGUGUUUGAAUGACCUGUCAGGUAGUUUAGCGGUUGGAAGAAUGUUGUUUGUUGAACACUAACAGACUAAAUAAUUCGUAUCGGUCAUGUGGGACACUACAACUGUUACUUAGUACAAGUGUGUAGAGGUGAGCUCGCCUGGUAUCAUGAUGCUAAAACGGAACACAUCAGAUACGUGGGCUGCGCCCAAGCUGCUGGCGGACGAUGCGGACCCGUUCGCCGAGAUGGGUUCGCCGAAUACUUCGUCGGCAGCACCUCCAGUCAGGCAGCAGCAGGCAGCCGCUCGCAGCACACCAGUUCGUCUCCACCCCCAGCUGGCCAGUGCGGUGCCAAGUUCGUCUACGCCACCAUUCGCAGCUCAGCCGGAACGCGUUUCUGCUUCACCAGCUCGCCUGCGUCCUGAGCUACCCCAUCCAGAGCAACCAGUGGAUUUCGACUCGCUGCGCAGCGACUCGUCCACUGGAAGCUUGAUCCGGCAACACGCCAACGCAGGCCACACGCCGGCACACUUCGCCAAGCGCAUUCGCCGAAACUCAUCGGAGCAGACAGCGCCAGGCUCGGCUGCACCUGAACGAAAUCAAUAUCGUCAAAGCGAACAUGUCACCGUCGCACAAACGACGCCCACACACCGGACAACAGGUGCACACUCGACUGGGCCAGGAGAACAAGCGCAGGAGGAGCAAUUCCGUGAGAAAGGCUUACACAACACUGGGACAACCGCACCAACAGGACGUCCAGACAAUGGCAGGCAACGUCGAGUAAUCGCGGAGCGAGGCAGACGCGCGAUGUCAGCGGGAAGCACCAGCCAAAGCAGCCGCAGCUCACUGAGGUCGUCCCCGUCGCAGGAUGGGCUAACACAAGAGCAAAACCACAUGCCAGGCGACCACAUGCCGUGGCCUUUGAAGACCGACUCUUACUUUACAGGCAACAAGACCAAGCGCUGUAAGGUGUUCCUCCUCAAACCGGAAGACGGCGCGUCGAAAGACUUCCUCCAGGUGGACAGCUCAGGCGGAGUAUCUGUGAACCCGGCCACCGUUGAUGCGUCGGUCUCGGUCUCGGCCGAGAACCUUGCAUCGAAGGCGACGUCCGCACAGUUCGACGGGACGGCCGAACGUACCGUCUCCGCCGUGAUGAAGCGCAUUGUGGAUCCGGCUCUGCUGGCAAUGACCCAACACCGUCGCCAGUCGUGCAUUGUGCUGUUCGGCGUGGACGACAGGGAGUGCGGCGUGUCGGGCACGCAGACAACUCUUGCCGGUCAACGUGCGCCCAAUUCCGGUGUUCAUGUUAUGUCGCUGUUCCUGACAACUGGCUAUGUCGUACUGGAUUGGCUAGCAAAGGCGCAGCAGCAGCAGCAGAAGGAGAAGGUUGACGGUGAGGUGGGAACGCUGCAGGUUAGCUGCAUUCAGCUAAGCGGACGGCGCGAGGCACAGGAUUUGCUAACCGCCAGGUCGCCUACGCUAUCCUAUGACGGCUCCGUGUCGGAGACAUCAGGUGCAAGCACAAGCAGUGCAAGGAUUCCCACCCAAUGGCAUACAGUACAGGACGGCCGUCGCUUACUACAGCUCUACCACCGCGCCAGACUGAUGCGACACAGGACCUCCUCGAGCGCUACAUCCCCAUCAUCAUCGUCGUCUCCGUCACCACGGCAACAGAGCAGCGAAGGCAUGGCAACACAUCAUGCCGUGCUGUCACUUCGCCUUCUGCCAAGUGGUCAGCAGCAGUCAGACAUGCUGCACGCACCGGACACGGGCUGUCUUCACUUCGUCGACAUCACCGCCCGGUCCAUACCCGCCGCCAACCUCUAUCCCGGGUCGGUGCCGCUGCCUGUCGACAACGACUACCCUUCCGACGUGGUGCAGACGCACUCGCUGUAUCAGCUGGUGCACGCGCUGCUGGUGAAACGGUUGAGCGUCGACUACUUGUCCACCAUGCUGACCGCCAUUCUUCAGCCACCUAUGCAGGGAAAGGCGGAUUUGUCACUUAUUCUACCCGUUGAUCACACUGCCGAGGACACUGUGAAAAUGAUAGCGUUUGCCAGGCAGCUCAGGACACUGCAUCUUCACUCACCAGCAUCUGCUCCACCCGUAACGGAGAGCCAAGCAAUGACGAGGAAGAAGAGAGCACAGAGUGCAGCUGCCGCUCCGUCUUGGCAGCGAAACCAACGCCGGCACUCGCUGCAACAGAUCACCAGCGGGAGCCUGCACGUAGCAGAGCCCGCUAAACGGCCACUGUCGGCCCAGUGGCGGGAGUCAUUCGGAAUCGGCGACGGGAGCAGUAUUACCCUAGAAGGCACUGGAUCUGCAGCUACGCUCCACGAGCCUCUGCAGUUGCCAGCCGUGACGACCGUGUCCCAAAGCAAGGUGCCCGUUCCGGUUUGGAGCACCUCACUGCCAACGUCUCCUACCCAGGACAAGACGCCUAGCUUUGACCCGACUAAACACACACCAGCCAGCGGCGGCCACGAGCGCAAGAACAGCUUCAACAGUGUGCGCAACGUCAAGUCUCUCCUGGUUUCCACGCCGACUCGGCAGCAUCAACAGCGGAUGUUCAGUAGGACUCUGGGAGCGAAUGACCGAAUGAAGCUCUUCAGGUUCCUGUCCCGUGAACAGCGGCCCUCGUCAGCUGAGCCUAUGCCGACAUUCUCCCAGGAGGAACCAGAUGCGGUGUACAAUGAUCACGCUAUAUCCGUGGACAGAAUGCCACAGGAUACGUCUAUGCAUCAGGACGCUGCGGAACGCUCUACUAAGUCUGUCGUCAUUGACAAGCAACAGCCAAUAACGAACGAGGCAAGAUUGGACGGAUAUCACCUCCCUGAAAGCACCUCACAGCAUCAAGAUGUGGACGCCGGACAAGACUUGCAGACCGAUGUCGUUUCUCCCGAGACCAGUGCUCCCAGCGUCCUAGAACCUAUACCCAACGUGGACAAAUCAACGCCGGAUGCGGCCAAGAAAUCCGAGUGUCUGAACUCCGAUGCCGGCGAAAUUGAAAUCGAGGACGGAAUAAGAUCCGAUGUUCCAGCUGAGAACGCCACCCCUCCACAGAAACUCUGCUCUGCAAGUGGACAGGCACACCCACUAGCUGGGCCAACAACAAACUUGACUACAGCAGUGCAAACCACUGAGGGUUUAGAAGACUGUCCGCAAGCAUCUCUUGAAGGUUCUGAGAAGGAAGAGAGCAUUCAGGUUGGUGCUUUGCCCGUGGAUGACGCCACCAGGCCAUUAGAGUCCAGUACGCCCAGUCUACUACGGGAUCCACUUGUUUCAUUUGCAACAACAGAAUCCGACAUAUCCACAUCACAUGCAGAAGUGCAAGCAGAGCUGCCCAAUGCAGCAACUACAGCAGAUGGUGAUCAGCCUUCCACGGUUGAACCGGACCGGAUUGCACUGGAUAUUAAACAGGAGGAGAAAUCACCGGAGCAAGUUAGCAAUGACUUGAAAACCGACAACCAGCCAGUUGUCUUGCUAGAAGAAAUUGAUGCCGAAGCUGGCACAGUGAAACGGAGAGAUAACGACUCGGCUGUCAACCAGGAGAACUCCACGAAUGAUGUAGACCAACAUUCUGACUCCGUCUCAUCAGUGACUGAAACCAAGCCAAUCUCUGAAAGGUAUGAUGGAUCGGCGCUCACUGAAGCAAAGUCUAAAUCCAGCAUUGGCAACAUACGCGAUAGUGGCAGUGAACCCGAAGCGAGUGCGACGACACUCGAAAGAUCACCCUCAGCAACAGCUGUGGGUGGAAAUCAACCACCACCCACUGCCCCACUGUUCAUCAAAACUGGUCGCUCGGCAGCCACUCAGCGUUCAAGGCGCGGGUCACGGCCAAGCUCCAGCAGCAGCGUAGCCAGUGUCCAGUCCAGCAACGCUGCACCGCUUUUCACCGCCACGGGCAACGUAGCCCGCAGGAGCCGCCACUCAUUGCCCGGUGAUGACGAGCUUGCAUCGUCCGAUCAGCCGCCCCCAGAGCAAGCCAACACCACCGGUGAAGUUGCAGCUGCAGAGAACCAGAUCGCACAGGAGGUAGACAGUGUUGCCAAUGACGAGCGAAAUUCGGAUCAAGCCCACGCCUGUGACGUGUCUCUGGGCAGGAGUAUGAGUAAGGAUACUGAGUUAAGUCACGUCUCCACGGCAGAUAUUACGUCCAAUGAGUUGGAAUCUGAUGUGAGUGUGCCAGCAAGUGUGGGCAAAUCUGAAAUCAACAUAUCAGGCCUAGAUUGCCAAUCAAAGCGUGGAGAGCAGCUGAAAGACACAGAGGAAGGGGCAACUACUAACACAGCAUCGCAGAAUGAUCCCAGUGCUUCGCAAGCUGACACCGCCAGCCUUUUGUCGGAUCGGAGCAGCCGCGAAAACGCCGACUCUGAAUCCCUUAACCAAAGCCAGCACAGCCAGCAUGCAGCACAGACGGACCAAGACUCGGAGGAUAGCCGCAGUUACCAUGACUACAACUACGAUGAUGACGAUUGGUCGCGUGUGAGCAGCAGGACGUCGCUAUCGAGAACUCCGUCCGUUCACGCCACCCAAGACAACGUCUCGCGCAGGACAGCAACGACGUCAGCUUCAAGCUCCGGCACGGACGCUGAUAGCGUUUCCCAUCGUCCUGACAACGAUCCAUUGGCAGAACAUACGGACAGCAGCGCAACACUGGAGAGGAAAUCAUCGGCAGCAUCACUUGACACUCAACAGAAUAAUGACGUAGAAAAACACAGCAUACGGCAUGACUCCAAGGCCAAGUCUACUGUGGAUCUUGAGGAACUGGAUAAUGUGGCAGAGAACGGUGCUGGGGAUCUGAAAGCGAAUGGUAGCGACAUUAAUGCAGGUUCUGGCGCGCAGCAUUCAGCUGAUGAAGUCUCUAACACACGGCUGGAUGAUGCAGCACUCAAGCAGCAGCAAGACUAUCGCAGUCAUUUAGAGGAGAAUGCACAUGAGAGUCCAAGAGCAAGCGGUGGCGGGGAAGUCAAUUCAAGCAUUGACUUGCACCAGUCCACUGAGGAAGUCGUUGACGCACAGCCGGAUAGUGUGGGUGUGAUGGGUGUACAGGGUAUGUCCUCCUCUAGCUUACAAAGAACAGAUGACAAGCAAGACUGCGACAAUGCGGGCACAGCAGAAGAAGCACCACAGGGAGUGGAUGAUUGCCAAAGCAUCAGCUCUUCCAGGAGCGGUGUACUGGUAAAUGACAAAGUCGCCAAGACUGACCCGGUCAUGGCUGGCGAUACGCGGAACACGGAGGGCACCGCCUCGCCGGAGGAACGUGACCCCGAAGCAGCAACAGCAGACACAUCCGUUGCUCCCAGCAUCUCUCAGGAUCGAACGUCUGAGCGAGGCGUCAGUGAUGUAGCCAUGUUUGAGGAAGCAGAGUCACUAGUUGAAAAUAACAUUUCAAGUCAGCUGGUAGAUGCCGCACCAACUCAACCGAGCACUGCAUCUCCUCAAGAGGAUGUUGAAGGAGUCAGUGAAUCAAAACAUGAGGACAUCGUGGAUCAAGGAGAGGCAUCCGAGGGCAAAAGUUCGGCUUCUCCAUCCAUCGAUCAGGACAACGCGGAUGCUAUUGACCUCUCACUGGAUUGUCCGCUGAUGAUAGCUCUUGCUGAGCCGAGCAACGGAAUACUGAAGGCGGGCUACUCCAGCUUCUCUGGAUCCAACUUGCUUCAUUGGUUGCUGGCGAAUAUGAAUAUAUCGUGUGUUUCGUCCGCUAACGGCAGUCAAGCGCUUGCGCAACGCAUCGUGGAGAACGCCCUCAUCCUUUGUCUCGAUGACGAUGACGAUAUGAUGACGUUCCGCAGUGAUGCAACGUACAGUCUGCUGCCUACGCACAAUGCCUGGUCCGUUACAACGGAUUCAAUUGCCUCGUCGUAUACAGUCGCCACCAGUGCGGUGCCAGAAGCCAAGGCAACCGAAUCCACUCCUAUGCAGGAGGCGAAGGACGUGCAGGAGACCAAACGCAGACAGUCGUCUGACUCCGGUACUGCCAAAGCGCAGCGACCGAAGUCGUCCUCCAGCUCCGGGUCUCGCCAGCAGCGGCGCAUGAGUCGUCGGAAGGCCGCCGAAGCAGCGUCGCGCCACAGCCAGCGCAGGGCCAGCGGCUCGGAAGACGUCGUCGGUUCUUCAUCUUCGUCGUCGGCUUCGGAAAGUGAAGUCUCGCGUAGCAGUUCUAGAUCCUCUAUAAGAGAGAGAGCCAGUAGUCCUGGUCCGUACGGUCAUCAUGGUCAAGCUGCGGGUGCGUUGCCUGCUGUUCACGAGGAGGGAGGACAAUACGCAGACUAUCAAUACCUAGCUCAGCAGCAGCAACAGCAACAGCAGCUCCAGUGGCAACAGCAGCAGGGGCAGGAAAUGCUCAACGGCGACCAACAUCAACAAAAACAGCUACAGCAGUAUCAUCAACAACAAUAUGUGGAUGCAUACGGCGGAGAUGCACAAGCUGCGGCUGCAGGUCAUAUGCAAUAUCAAGCUGACGUGCAGCAUACACAGGAUGGCAUGGUGAACGGGCAGCAUAUGCAGCAAGCCUAUCAAUAUGACCAACAGCAGCAGCAAGAGCUCUUGCUUCACCAACAGCAGCAGCAAGAGCUCUUGCUUCACCAACAGCAGCAGCAGCAGCACCAGGCACAGCAACAGUAUGCCGAUCCCGAGCAAGCGCGGAUUGGCGACAUUGAAAUCGUUCAGGAGACCAAGUUUGUCAGCAAUCAGGAAGUCCACAAAGCGGCACAGGCUGGAAAGAUCAAAGAACUCAAGAAACUAGUACAGCAGUACGGCGUGGACAUCUGCGACGAAGACCAGCGAACACCGCUGAUGUACGCAGCGAUGGGUGACAGUCGGAAAGCAUGUCAGGUUCUGCUGCAGCUUGGUGCUGACGUUGAUAAAGUGGAUACGUGUGGGCUGGCAGCUGUGCACUGGGCUGCCUACACCGACAAGCCACAGGCACUGCAAGCACUACUCAAGCACGGCGCCAAUCAUUCCAUGAGUCUGCUGGACACGCAGAAUCGCAGCGCCUUGCACUGGGCCAUCCGGUGCCAGGACACGCAGUGCAUGCGGCUGAUCGUGCAGCUGACCUCCCGGGACAUAGUCAACCACCGGGACCCAGAUGGUCUCACAGCGUUGCACUGGUGUGUGGCUUGUGAACACGUGGAGCACCUCACGAUACUGCUGCAAGUAGCCGCCGAUCUAGCACUCGUGGACAACGACGGGCGCACGCCUCUCACAUACGCCGUGCUCAGCAACUCUGUCCAGUGCAUCUCUACUAUUUUGCAACACUUCCCGGAAGCGCUGCGUGCUGUUGAUGAGAAUGGGCGUACGUCACUACACUUUGCGAGUGCAGACGGUCAACUGGAUACAGUCAUGGCUCUGCUACCCUAUCCGCACUGUGAUGUCAAUGCUCAAGAUGGCAAAGGUUUCACUCCACUGCACUGGGCACUAGCUGCAAAUCGGCCUCAGGUUGUCACGGCUCUUCUUAGGAGAGGAGCAAAUUGUGGUAUUCCUGAUGCUGAAGGCAGGACACCGCUGGACUUUGCUAGCAUGUACGGGCACACCGAGUGCAUUGCCGUCAUGGAGCAGUUCCUGACAGACCCGCAGCAGCAGCAGCGCCAGCGACAGCAGGCCCUGCGUCACUACCAGUCCACACCGGUUGCCAUGGCACCACCACACACAGCACCGACGGACGGCGCGGCGCAGCAUCGUACCCACCGUAACCACGGAAACGCUCAGGAAGGCCACGACGAUGGGUCGUACGAGCCAGAACGGGAUGGCGAGUACCAGCAGCAUUACCACCAGACAGGCAGCGGCAAUGUGGAGGGAGAACGUAAUCGUUCCGUGAGCAGGCAACAGCCGCUACCACCGGAAGACCCACCGCCUCCACCGUACCCCCAACCGCCUGCUACCCAUAACACUACACUCUCUCGCACCACAUCGCUACCACCAAAGCGCUCAUCUAGCGGCAGGUUAUCAAAGUUCAAAUCACUGAUCAAGAAAUCGUCGUAGAGAACUGCAGAAAAUUGUAUUAUAACCAUUUUGCUUUGAAUCUUAGCAUAAUCAAUAAUAGGCUAAAUAGUGGGAUUGAAAACUUUGAGAUAUUCACGUGAAAUUCUUGUGGUUGAGAUUGAAAUCGAUAUUGAAACGUUUCACCCUUGACCUUUCAUUCCUACUCUAUUUAUGUGAUUCUUCUUACGCAUGAUCAUUCCUUCCUUUAUGUGAUAAGCUAAGUCACAUUAGUCAA